UUACACGACACCGUUUUCUCUUCAUUCUGCCUGCAUCCUCUCGCCGGUGUGUGGUGUUUAGUUUGUUUCUCUUUUUUGAUUAGUUUUUUAAUCAAACAGCGUCUAGGAAAUGAGUGGGGACCAUUCCCACAACGAGGACCAGAUUGACUGUGGCUCACGCAUCAAUGACUCUCACAAGAAUAAAGACAAGUAUAGAGACAAGGAACACAAACAUAAAGACCACAAGAAGGACAAGGAACGGGAGAAAUCCAGACAUGGCGACAGUUCUAGUGAUCACAGGGACUUCUCUGAAAAAAAACACAGAGACAAGGAGAAGAUGAAGCACAAAGAUGGCAGCACAGACAAAUACAAGGACAAGCACAAGGAUAAGAAGAUGAAGUCCCUUGAUGGUAAAGUCAAGAAGGAAAAAGAGAAUGGUUUUGCCAGUCCUCCACAUGUGAAGUCCGAGCCGGAAGAUUUUUACCACUCUCCUAAACACCACUCUCUGAAAAGAGAAAGAGAUGAUGACGACAAUGACUCUGAAUUCAAGCCUAAGAAAAUAAAGACUGAAAAUGACAAGAAAGCAAAGAAAAAGAAACUAGAUGAUGAGGACAUUAAGUCUAAAAAAACAAAAAACAAAAAAGGAGAAGUCACUGGAAAAAAGAAAGCAAAGAAAGAGCCAGAGGAGAAGUGGAAAUGGUGGGAAGAGGAGAGAUACACAGAUGGUGUCAAAUGGAAGUUCCUGGAACACAAAGGACCAGUGUUUGCGCCCCCUUACGAUCCCCUUCCUAACAAUGUCAAAUUUUUUUAUGAUGGUAAACCUAUGAAGCUAAGCCCAGAAGCCGAAGAGGUGGCCACAUUCUUUGCCAAAAUGCUGGACCAUGAGUACACCACUAAGGACAUCUUUCGUAAAAACUUCUUUAAAGAUUGGAGGAAGGAAAUGACUUCAGAGGAAAAGGCCAAGAUCACUGACCUGAAGAAGUGUGACUUCACUGAGAUGGGAGAAUACUUCAAGGCCCAGUCUGAAGCCAGGAAAGCCAUGUCAAAAGAGGCGAAACUGAAAAUAAAGGAAGAGAACGAGCGCCUCUUGCAGGAGUACGGCUUCUGCAUCAUGGACAACCACAGGGAACGUAUCGCUAACUUCCGCAUCGAGCCCCCGGGCCUGUUCCGUGGUCGCGGAGACCAUCCUAAAAUGGGAAUGCUCAAACGCCGCAUCAGACCGCAGGACAUCAUCAUCAACUGCAGCAAGGACUCCAAGUACCCCGAGCCUCCUCCAGGCACCAAAUGGAAAGAAGUUCGUCACGACAACAAGGUGACUUGGUUGGUGUCGUGGACGGAGAACAUUCAGGGCUCCAUCAAGUACAUUAUGCUGAACCCCAGCUCCAGAAUCAAGGGAGAGAAGGAUUGGCAGAAGUAUGAAACAGCUCGUCGUCUUAAGAAAUGUGUGGACCGUAUCAGAGCCCAGUACCGCGAGGACUGGAAGUCCAAGGAGAUGAGGAUCAGACAGAGGGCCGUGGCGCUCUAUUUCAUCGACAAGCUGGCUCUGAGAGCGGGUAAUGAGAAGGAGGAAGGAGAGACUGCGGACACGGUGGGCUGCUGCUCGCUGAGAGUUGAACACAUCAAACUCUAUCCAGAGAACGAUGGUCAAGAGUUCGUGGUGGAGUUCGACUUCCUGGGUAAAGACUCGAUCCGCUACUACAACAAAGUUCCUGUGGAGAAAAGGGUAUUCAAGAAUCUGCAGUUGUUCAUGGAGAACAAAGGGCCUGAUGAUGACUUAUUUGAUCGCUUGAACACCUCUAUUCUGAACAAGCACCUUCAGGAGUUGAUGGACGGUCUCACAGCCAAAGUUUUCCGUACAUACAACGCCUCAAUUACUCUGCAGCAACAGCUGAAGGAGCUCACAAAUGCGGAGGAAAACAUUCCAGCCAAGAUCUUGUCCUACAACAGGGCCAACAGAGCUGUGGCCAUCCUGUGUAACCAUCAAAGGGCUCCACCUAAGACGUUUGAGAAGUCCAUGCAGAACCUGCAGACUAAGAUUGAUGCUAAAAGGGACCAGCUUUCUGAUGCCAAGAGAGAACUGAAGAGCGCCAAGGCCGACGCCAAAGUACGGAGAGACGAAAAAUCCAAAAAGGCAGUAGAGACCAAGAAGAAGGCAGUUCAGAGGAUAGAGGAACAACUGAUGAAGCUGGAAGUGCAGGCAACUGAUCGUGAAGAGAACAAGCAGAUUGCCCUCGGCACCUCCAAACUCAACUAUCUGGACCCUCGCAUUUCUGUGGCCUGGUGUAAGAAGUGGGGCAUUCCCGUUGAGAAGAUCUACAACAAAACCCAGCGUGAGAAGUUUGCCUGGGCCAUCGACAUGGCAGAUGAAGACUAUGAAUUUUAAAUCCCAUUUGUGGUUUUAAAUGAUUCACUUUUUUUUUUUUUUUUUUUCUAUUGGAUACUUGUUUUUUUUUUUUUUUUUUAGCUUAACUGAAUUUUGCUCGAUGGCCAGACCUGACAAGGAAUUUCAGAAAGGUUCAGCAGGAAAAACAUUGACGACACGGUAAGACAAAAUGAGGCCAUUAUGAAGUGACGAGAGGGUGUUGUGGAUAGUCUAAACAUCUGAUCUGAGAUCAGGCAGCCAGGCUGAACUAUACCCACAACUGAGAAUCAAGACAUAGUCCCGUAAUUGGAAGGUCCUUUUACCUUUGUCGCCGUCCUUCCUUGGGGACGCAUCCUGACAAAGCCUGAACUUUGAACUCUGUGGUCCUAUAGCUACUGUAUUAAUGAAAAGAAAAAAGCUUUGUAUGGUUUUAUUUUUCUUGGUUCACUCGCUCUGUAUUUUAGCCCACCCAUGUAUUAUUAAUGAAUUCUAUAUUUUGAUAGACAAAGUAAAAAAUCAAAUGAAUUUCCUUAACUACACCCACGCGCCUUUCGAGGAAAUGGGAAAACGUGAGCGUCUGUGUGUGCGCGUGCAUGUGUGUAUGAGGGGCUCAACCGUGGAGGCUGUCUGUUUGGGUGGAUAUUUUAAACUGGACUAUGUUGUAUUGUUGAGCGUGAAAGAGGAUGUCUGUGCAAGCAAAGGGGAAAAUACUGCAACCAUGUCAAUAUUUACUUAAGCAAGCAGAAUGUGAAUAUUUUGUUUUACAGCCUCGGAUCAGGGACUUUUUUUUUUUUUUUUUUUUUUUUCAAUGUAAAUGUGAACCAAUCAUUGUAAUCCUCUUGCGUUGCGAGCGUCCUCCGAAUCUCUCUGCAUAGCCCUGUGUACAUCUGAUUUUAACUUAAUUUAACAAUUGUUCAAGAAAACUCCCUCAUCUGUUACUUGAAAAUAAUGCUAUGAUAAUGUAUUUAAAGUCAGUUAAUGGAAAGUGUUUUUUCUCCUAGAGGGUUGUGUGAGGGAUAUCAACUUUUGCCAAAAAAAAAAAUCUCCAAACUGUUACAAUUUAGGAAGGGUUUUAAAUUGUGUAAUGAUUGAGGAUAAAGACAUGUAACAUUAAUGUGAAUUAUCAGUUCAUUUUAUUCCACUCUUACGAUAGGAACAUUGAUGUAAGUAGCUGUAAAGCCAACAUCCUACUCCUGUUUUACCUUUUUGUCAUAGCCUUUGAUCAUGUUUGAGUUUUUAAGCUCAUUGUAGGUUGAAAAAUUAAUAAAAACCCUACAGGUAAAAAAUA